UAAAAUGGAACGUAUUUCUAGUUCAAUUUAUCUUAGAGAAACUGAUUCUAAUAUUAUAUUAGAAGAUGAAGAUACUCAAAAAUUUGAAGAUCUUUCAUUCAUGAUUAAAUUAACAACAAUUCAAGGUUCAAGAAAUUCUGCUC